AUGGAAGGAGCAUCAGCUCGAGCUUCUUCGUCUAGGGCGACGGCGAGUGAAGCUCCUCCUUGCUCCACGCCGCCGCCGCAGCAACCAGUGGAUUCACCGGUGCCGGAGAACAACAACUUCCCCAAGAACGUCAUUAUUUUUAUGGCUGCCCUGGAGAAGUUCCCUCUUGAAACUCUUGAGUGGGUGUUGAAGAAUGUUGUGAUGAAGCCUUGUUGCACUCUUUCCAUCAUUGGCAUCUAUCCCUAUCUCACUUUUCUGGAGUCGGCUAAGACAUGGUCCGAAAUAUGGAGUGUGAAUUGUGAAGAUUUACAACAAGGGGAGCGAAGAAGUAAUCCAAAGCACCUCAAAGUCCAAUUCUUGAUGGAUCUAUGCCAAUCCUAUGGGGUUUCGUGUGAGAUCAAAACUGAGAUGUGCCAUCCAGUGAGAAGCAGAGUAACGGAGAUAAUCGCAAGUCUCCAACCAACAUUGGUGGUCUUUGACAAGCACCAUGACAGAAAGAACAUUGAAUUCUACGCAGAGAAACUCCCCUACAACAUGAUAAUCAUGAAUGAGGAUGGAGAAGUGGACAUGAUAAAGGGAAGAUCCCAAAUUGACCUCAUCAGUACUGCAGAGUCGUCUCCAUAUUCACUUCCACCAACUCCAAGAGUUAUGGUUUCUAGAAAAUGGAAGAACGUUCUCCGUCCCAUUAGGAGAUUGAAGUUGGGAAUCCUCCAAGGUUGAUCUUAUCAUGAAAUGCUGUCUUUCCCAUACCUAUUUUACUUUUACUCUCUCGGUUAUAGCUGCAUAUGAGGUCGUUUUGAAAUUUUGUACCAAAAGUAGAACGUUUGAAGUGGAAAAAAUCAAAGUCGAUCGAGCAUGAGAUAAUCGAGAAAUCAAAAGGAAAAAUAAAGUCCUCUAAAUAAUGUAGAAAUCCCUAUCCAUCUACAAGGUAACAUACAAUGUGUGCACAGGAUCACAUUGUAAGAUCAUUUUUAUGGGGGUUGUUAUGUAUCAUUUUUAUUGGAAGUAAU